CGGCGGAAGCGGCGGGGGUUGUCCCGGUAACCCAACGCCGGGGAGGCUGCGGGGGCCGCGGCCAUGGGCGAGCUGGGCCCGGACGAUGGGGCCGGCAACACCUACAGCCUUCGGCCCGGCCUCCAGCACCGAUUUAAAUCGUCCACAGUAAAAGAAUGCAUCCAUGCAAUACUGAAGGAGAGGCUGGCCAAUGUACAGUACGACCCAGAAGAAAUGCCCGAGCUUACAAAGUCCUUAUCAGAAACAAUAAAAGACAGACUGAAAGAGGAGGGAUUUGACAGAUACAAAAUGGUGGUGCAGGUUGUGAUUGGAGAACAGAGAGGAGAAGGAGUGAAGCCCUGCUGGAGCACAAGAGCCAUGACACCUGCGGGUGUGUGGAUGGAGGAGAACGAGGCACUUCUGGCAUUCAGAUGCACUGGCCUGGGUUACACCAAAAGUGAGGACAGCCUGUUUUGUGUGGUAGCUGCAUUUGGCUGCUUCUACUAUUGAAAGUGGCAAACAUUGCACAGAGGGACAGAGUUGGAGGAGAAAGCUUUGCUUUGGGGUAUUUUUUGUUAAAGUGCACUAAAGCACCAUGUUCUUCCUUUAGUACCUAAGAAAAUAACAGCUCUACAAAGCAUGUCCUACACCUGGUCUACACACUACAACAUUCCUUCUUCCUUGUGGAUAUCAAUAGAGCUUUAAGCACAAUAUUAUUAUGUCCUUUAUUUAAAUGGCCCUUUGUUUUUUAUGUAGUAUGUUGGUUUUGUCCUAAAAGUGUAUUGUUUCUAAGACAAACUAAACUUUUGUCUUGAAAGGGUUCUGUUACUUUUAUUUUUAUGAAAUUAAUGAAAUAUUUAUAAGAAAAGAAACAUAAUAAA